AUGGCAGAAAUUGCAAAAAGCCUAUGCCAUGAUUACCUACAUAAUAUACGCUCAAUUGCUGAUGAGCUUGCCCUCAUUGGGAAUCCAGUGGAUGACAUUGAUCUUGUUAUCGUUGCACUCAAUGGUCUUGGACCAACAUUCUUAAGGAACGUUCCUUCACCACAAGCCUCUUCCUACAAUUGCAACUACAACUACGCUCAGGGAAUGCAAGGCCAGAGCCUCUUAGGGUGUUCCCCACCUCGUUUUUCAUCGUCCCAAAUUGGAGCCUUCAAUAGUAGCCACAAAGGGAAAGGACUUAGCCCCCUCCACAGGGUCUUCAACUCACCAAACAAUCAAUACAUGCAGCACGUUGAGAACCUUUCACUGCCUGCAAUAGAAGAGUUCUUGGAGGACUAUCAAGGGUAUUCAUCAUCCAAAGAGUCUUCUGACAUUGCAAGUUCAUCUGAAUGCUUUGAUUUGUCGUCCCAAAUUCCACCCAUGUUGGAUGGCUUGACAAUGCCAAAUUCCUCAAGGUACCAUGAUGAUGAAACCUCAGUGCAUGGUGCAGCUGCUGGCUCUCGCUCUUCUCAAAUUUCCCAAGAGAGCGACAUGUAUCACCAGAUGGGGUCCAUGGCUAGUGCCUCCUUGUCACAAGCUCUACAACAAGAACGCUACCACGAGAAACAGCAAAAACAACAGCAAGAGAAUCUAAUGCUGCCUAUUCCAAUCGGAAUCGAACAGGAACAAGACAACGGGCUUCAACUGGUGCACCUGCUAUUAGCGUGCGCUGAGGCAGUGGCAAAAGAGGAAUACAUGGUAGCGAGAAGGUACCUGCACCACCUGAACCGAGUAGUGACCCCUCUCGGUGACUCCAUGCAACGCGUGGCAGCAUGCUUCACCGACUCACUAAGCGCGAGACUAAAUGCCACCCUCACUCCGAAACCCUCAAAACUCACUCCACCCUCGCCCUCAAACUCUCUCGAAGUCCUCAAAAUCUACCAAAUCGUCUACCAAGCUUGUCCCUACAUCAAAUUUGCCCACUUCACCGCCAACCAAGCCAUCUUCGAAGCCUUCGAGACCGAGGACCGCGUCCACGUCAUCGACCUCGACAUCCUCCAAGGGUACCAAUGGCCAGCCUUCAUGCAAGCCCUCGCCGCCCGUCCCAGUGGUGCCCCGUUCCUCCGUAUCACUGGCGUGGGCCCAACCCUAGACGGCGUCCGUGAAACUGGGCGGUGCUUGACAGAGCUAGCGCACUCCCUCCGCAUCCCCUUCGAGUUCCACGCUGUCGGGGAACAACUCGAAGAUCUCAAACCUAACAUGCUGAAUCGCCGAGUCGGCGAGGCCCUUGCCGUGAACGCCGUGAAUCGCCUCCACCGAGUCCCCGGGAGCCACUUGGGGAAUUUGCUCAGCAUGAUAAGGGACCAGGCGCCGAACGUAGUGACCUUGGUGGAGCAAGAAGCGAGCCACAACGGGCCUUACUUUCUAGGAAGGUUUCUAGAGGCCUUGCACUACUACUCGGCGAUCUUUGACUCGCUGGACGCAACAUUUCCGACAGAGUCGGCACAGCGGGCAAAGGUGGAGCAAUACAUAUUCGCGCCGGAGAUACGGAACAUCGUGGCGUGCGAGGGCGCGGCGAGGUUCGAGCGGCACGAGAGGUUGGAGAAGUGGCGGAAGAUUAUGGAGGGGAAGGGGUUCAAGGGUGUGGCUCUGAGUCCUAACGCCGUUACACAGUCGAAGAUUUUGUUGGGGUUGUAUUCGUGUGAAGGGUAUCGCUUGACCGAGGAUAAAGGUUGUUUGCUUCUUGGCUGGCAGGAUAGGGCCAUUGUUGCUGCGUCUGCAUGGCGGUGUUGAUGCAUGUCGCCUACUAUUUCAUUUCAUGAUUUUUAUUUUUUUUGUUUUCAUUACUAAUACGAGUUUAAAAG